GGGAAGAAGAGCGUCAGGACAUAGAGCUUCCACGACGUGCAUAUAUGAAAGGUCAAGUAAAUCUCGGAAAAACAAAUCUGGAUGAUGAUAGCAUAUGUGAAGUAGAGGAAUUGUACGUCAACAUUGGUGGAUUUCCUGCAUUACUCAAGUACUGCCAGAGUCUCAAAGAAAUGCAAGAAAAUCACAUUGAUGAGGUUUCUCAGUUGGGUAGACAUAUUUCUAUACUUUUAAAAUGGUCUAUUAUAGACAGCAAGCUUUUUGAGAUACCUGUAACUCCACCGACUAUUCCGAGACCUGCUCUCCACAUUCAUAACCUCAAAGUAAUACUUGAAGAAUAUCCUGACCUACAAGCUGACAAUAUUCUGGAUGCAUUGAUUGAAAAUAAAAAAAUUGGAAUAGUCCGAACAAAAGG